AAAACCGUUCAUUGAUUCAGUACUUUUGUAUAAAAAAAAACCUGUGCGGUCUGUUCGAAAACAAGCAUAUUGUCAUUGUUUUUGCGCGUGAUUUCAUAUAACUAUGUGGUGUGGAGUUGUAUUUGAACUGAGAUGUAACACAGUUUUUGUCAACCUCGAAGAAACAUGUUAAGCCAAUGGCAGCUUCACUAUGAAUGUGCAACAUAAAAGUUUUGAAUGUUGCUGACUGGAAGCAAACGCUGUUUUCAACUAGAUUCAUCGAAAUAUAACUUGUAUAUUACAGUAGAUAGAGUAUAUUGUUUUUUAUAUUGUGUUAGUCCAUGAAGAAGAUGUCUCCAAUUCCUGCUCUUCCUCUUAUCAUUAACUGUUGUAUGUCUGCACUUGGGUGCGUUGCAACAGUCAAGCUUAUUCCUGCUUUUAAGAAUCAUUUCAUAUCUGCGAGACUCUAUGGCAUGGAUCUAAAUAAAACCAUAAAGAAAGAGGUGCCUGAAUCACAAGGGGUUAUCAGUGGCACAGUCUUCCUCAUCAUUCUCUUCCUCUUCAUCCCUGUGCCCUUCCUCCAUUGCUUCAUGGGAGAGCGGUGUCAACGGUUCCCUCACAAUGAGUUUGUGCAACUGAUUGGUGCUUUGUUGGCCAUCUGCUGCAUGAUAUUCCUGGGUUUUGCUGAUGAUGUUCUGAAUCUACGAUGGAGACACAAGCUAAUGCUGCCCACUAUUGCCUCCCUGCCUCUACUCAUGGUCUACUUCACUAACUUUGGCAACACUGUCAUCGUUGUGCCCAAACCUUUCCGUGUCCUGCUGGGGAUGCAUCUGGACUUGGGCAUUCUGUAUUAUGUAUAUAUGGGGAUGCUGGCUGUGUUCUGCACAAAUGCCAUUAACAUCUUGGCUGGUAUCAACGGCAUUGAGUCGGGGCAAGCUCUCUUCAUAUCUGGCUCCAUCAUCGUCUUUAAUUUUCUGGAGCUCAAUGGAGACUACAGGGAUGACCAUGUUUUCUCUUUGUACUUCAUGAUUCCCUUUUUCUUCACCACAUUAGCCCUCUUCUACCACAACUGGUAUCCUUCCUCUGUGUUUGUGGGAGACACUUUCUGUUACUUUGCUGGAAUGACGUUUGCAGUGGUUGGGAUACUCGGCCACUUCAGUAAGACCAUGCUGCUUUUCUUCAUCCCCCAAGUCAUCAACUUCAUUUACUCUCUGCCUCAGCUGUUUCACAUUAUUCCCUGUCCCAGACAUCGCCUGCCAAGGUUACAGUCUGACACGGGAAAGCUUGGCAUGAGCUACUCCAAAUUCAAACAGAAGGACCUGGGCAAAUUAGGACAACUUAUUCUAAAGGUGGCAGAAAUGUUAUGGCUCCUGGAUGUGCGUAGAGGGCAGGAAGGAGAUGAUGAGUUUAUUGAGUGUAACAACAUGACCCUUAUCAACCUGGUACUAAAAGUUCUGGGACCUACCCAUGAGAGAAACCUGACUGCAAUCAUGCUGUUAAUACAGGUCUUGGGGAGUGCCGUGGCGUUUGGAAUCCGGUAUCAUCUUGUGCGUCUGUUCUACGACGUCUAGACCACUGAAGCUCCUGAGAAACGUUACAACCUGCUGCUUUCAUUUGGAGAAAAAAAAUACUGAAAUAAAACUGAUUGUUGUAAGAUUAAUUACUAAACCGCCUGUCCUCUAUAAAGUAUGGAAUCUUGACACAUUGUAUUUCAGCUUCUCUGUCUAUACAUCUGCAUGUGUAGGGACAGUCUAUACAUAUGCCCUUAAUUCUCAAUGUGACAUGAAAGCUCUGUAGAUAA